CUCCCUCUUUCCAUCCUCCUUCUCGUCGUUGUCGCCUCGGCUAUCGAAACUGAGCUCGCAUAUUACACCACCACAGUCUUCGCAUACAACCAACCAUACUUUACAUUCUUCCUAACUCACGUAACUUUUAUCUUCAUCUUUCCAGUCCAUCUACUCCUGCUCACUCUGUUCCAACCAACACCAUGGAGACAACAUCUCCGAGGAAUUCGUACUAUCUUAUCUACCCAACUAAAGGUUGAAGAUACUUGGAAAGCAAUUUUCAAACCAUGGACAAUCAGAGUGAUAUGGUUGACAAUACUGGUAAGUGUACCAAGUAUAAGUUGGUUCAUCGCUAUGGUCUAUACAACAGCUAUGGAUAUUACUGCCAUUUACGCCACUAGCAGUUUCCACGCGUAUUUUUUCAGUAUGUUAUUGUUGAAAGAAUCGCUUAGUAGGAUCACUAUGGCUAGUAUUGGGUUAGCUUCUUUAGGUGUGGUCGUGAUUGCUUUGGCUGGGAAAGGAGACGGUAUCUCUGAUGAAGAGAUGGGUAUAGAAGGUAAGGAUAGAGUGUUGGGUGAUGUUAUCAUGGUAAUUGGCGCCGUCCUCUUAGGAUUAUACGAAGUGAUCUACAAGAUGCUUCUCCCCGAAACACAUGACCACAACUCUCCCAGUUCUACUAUAGCAUAUUCAUCUCUACCAAGCCAUCACGCUCCCAUCAAUAUAUCUCCUCCUCUUAUGAACUCACAACAAUUCAUACCUCUUUCACCUUCUCAUAACAAUCGUCAAAUCUCUAACUUCAGUGACACAGAAGAUCUUCCCACCAAAAUCUCUUCGCGAAGUUCCCCAUCUGACCUAUCUCCAGAAUACGAAGUCCCAACCGACGAGACCAUCUCAGAGGAUGGAGAUUUCGAACGGGCGGCAAAGAUCUUAAAUGUAGCGACGCCGCAACUCCCUCCCGCUCUCCACGCGAAUUUCCUCACGAGCUGUUUGGGUCUUGCAACGCUAUUAUUACUCUGGAUCCCGAUCGUCAUACUGGACUACACAGGUGUGGAGAAGUUCAGAUCACCAGGAAGUACGGAGAGAGGAUGGGAGGUCUGGUUAGUUUUGAGUAUCGUCUGUUGGGGAGGUGCGAUUUACAACGCAGGUCUCAUGAUCCUCAUUGGAAUAUGGGGACCCACAACUUCAUCAGUAGCCAACCUUCUCACUAUUGGGUUGGUCGCUGUAUUGGACGCAGUAUGGAUGGGUAACAUUCCUAGCUUUCAAACCCUUUUAGGGGUGGGAAUGAUCUGCGUUGGGUUUGGUGUUUUGUUAUAUGAGGGAGAG